AUGACAUCUUACAAAAAUGGUUACAACUCCUCUGGGAUCUCCGAAUUUCUCCUGAACUGUUUUGUCAGCUCUCCAAUCUGGCAGCUCUGGCUGUCCCUGCCCCUCAGCCUCCUUUUCCUUCUGGCCAUGGGAGCCAAUGCUGUUCUCCUCAUCACCAUCCGACUAGAGGCCUCUCUGCACCAGCCCAUGUAUUAUCUUCUCAGCAUCCUCUCCAUGCUGGACAUUGUACUCUGUCUCACCGUCAUACCCAAGGUCCUGGUCAUCUUCUGGUUUGAUCUCAGAUCCAUCAGCUUCUUUGCCUGCUUUCUCCAGAUGUACAUCAUGAACUGCUUCCUGGGCAUGGAGUCCUGCACAUUCAUGGUCAUGGCCUAUGACCGCUAUGUGGCUAUCUGCCAUCCACUUCGGUACCCAUCCAUCAUCACUGGCCAAUUUGUAGCCAAGGCUGCUAUUUUUAUUUUGGCCAGAAAUGCCCUUAUUACCAUGUCUGUUCCCAUCCUUUCUGCCCGACUCCAUUACUGUGGGAGAAACGUCAUUGAGAACUGUAUCUGCGCCAAUAUGUCUGUCUCCAGGCUCUCCUGUGAUGAUGUCACCAUCAAUCGUCUCCUCCAAUUUGCUGGAGGUUGGACCCUACUAGGAUCUGACCUCAUCCUCAUUUUCCUCUCCUACACCCUCAUACUGAGAGCUGUGCUGAAACUCAAGGCUGAGGGAGCUGUGACUAAGGCUCUAAGCACAUGUGGCUCCCACUUCAUCCUUAUCCUUUUUUUCAGCACCAUCCUCCUGGUCUUGGUCCUCACUCAUGUGGCUAAGAAGAAGGUCUCCCCUGAUGUGCCAGUCUUGCUCAAUGUCCUCUAUCAUGUCAUCCCUGCAGCCCUCAACCCCAUUGUUUAUGGGGUGCGAACCCAGGAAAUCAAGCAAGGAAUCCAAAGAUUACUAAAGAAAGGGUGGUAA